GGGAAGACGGGGCGAGUUUUGUGGGUGGCGCGCAUCGAUGGCAAGCCGAAGUUUGCCAUCGUGCGCCUUACCUACAACAAAGAGCUGCAAGAUGCAGAGGUGAAAACUUUCAACUAUUCGUGGAUUGCGAGGACAAGCAGCUCUUCGGACCAGCUCGUGAAGGACAUCGGCUGUGGCUUUGUCGCAAGCCUCAUCGCCUGCACGAUUGUCUAUCCCAUCGAUUCCACCAAGGUGCGGCUCCAAACUGGGCGGACGGCGCUGCCCAGCCCAGAGGAGGGUGGACCGCUGGCUCUCUUCGAUGGCCUUCUGCUGAAUUUGGGGAGGGAGGCACCCAAUGCAUCAAUCUUGCUGGGCACUUUCAACUUCCUCAAGAGGGCCAUCUUCAACCUUUUGCUUCAGUUGCUCAACGGGACCUUGGCCAACUCCACGGCCCUACGCUUCGCGGCGAUGGUGCCGGCAGGCGCCGUGGCCGAUGCCCUCGGCUCGACGGUCCGCGUCCCCUUUGAGUUGAUGAACAAGCAGGUGCAAGCAGGCUACGCCAAAGGCUUCGAGGAAGCCUUUGACAUCGUCUUUUCCAGGCCAGGGGCUGCCAGAUACUACCUGGCCUCCUGGACUGCGAUCUUGGUGCGCGAUGUGCCCUAUGGAACCCUGCAGCUGGUUUUCUUCGAGUUCUUCAAGGAGUUCACGCCCGAAUAUUUGGAGCCCCUAGGUUUCAACCUGUUUGCCCAGAGAUUGGUCUGGGGCUUCUUAGCUGGUGCCUGUGCGGGCCUGCUCACGGUUCCAGUGGACAACAUCUCCACGGUGGUCAUGACCGAGAUACAAGAUCAGUCGGAGAAGGAGGAGAGUGUGCUUGACCUUGUCAAGGGCGCAGCGAUGAGCAUCUGGACCUCGAAAGGGCUCGACGGCUUUCUGGUCGGAGCCGCUGAACGGGCGCUCUACUAUGCACCUCAGGCAUGCUUGUUCUUUACGUUGUAUGACACCUUCAUCAACUUGCUUUAG